AUGCCUUUUGUCAAGAUUGACGUCAUCAGGGGACGCAGAAGCCCCGAACAACUAAAGAAGAUGGGAGAUGUGAUCCAACAAGUCCUCAUCGAUACAUUUGCUGCUCCCGAAAGGGAUAGGUACCAGAUCUUCAGCCAGCACGAGCCAUGGGAAGUCAUCUGCUGGGAUACUGGUCUUGGCUUUGAACGUACGGAUGAUAUUGUCAGCAUCCAAAUUUCUGCGCAGGGAAGGAAUCGCGAUCAGAAGAUAGCGAUGUAUGCAGCUUUGGGAGAGAGGCUGGAAAAGGAGUGUGGGCUAAAGGGCAAUGAUUUGCUCGUCUCCGUUACGCCCAAUGCUAAAGAAGAUUGGAGCUUUGGCUAUGGACGGGCACAAUUUCUUACUGGAGAUCUCUGA